CCCGGAGGUUACUUAAGACGAGUUGCAAUCGGCGCUGGUUCAGUAACGGCAGCACCUUUCGCGCCUAUCGAGCGCCAGAGCGUCGCAAACGGUUCCGAACACGAGUCGAAGAGAGUGGUGUGUAGUGGAUGGUAUUCCUAGACGAAGGUACCUCUUGUUGAUCCUCCAAGUCUACUCAAUCUAGCAGAAUGGAUAAUCAGAGUUUUGUCCCGGAUAGCAUCCCCGCAGAUCUCGACAAGAGUUGGCACAUUCCCAGACCCACACUAGCUCGAAGCUCCCACAGUUCGCAGGGCUCCACGUCCAGCAAUAACAGCAGCCAGAGUGCCAAAUCAGGCUCGCAAUUGCUGACAGCGACCAAUCUAGCCCAGAUUCAUCAGGAUGAAGAGAAGCUUAGUGCUCGCGACAUCAACAUCCAGUACUAUCUGGAUCAGGCGAACAAAACCAGCGAACUGAUCGCCGCUCUGCCCAAAGCGUGCAAACAGCCCGAACCCGACAACGUUUCGAUAGCAAGUUCCAUGCACUUCACCGUGGUCAACAUGAAUUCGCGACCACCCCGGGUACCGAAGAGGAGCUGCUGUCGAAAGCACCAGCUUACCAUCUUGGUACUCAGCAUGUCCGCCCUAUUCACCAUUGGAAUACUGGCCGCCAUUUACGUAAUGGAAAUGAGGGCUCGCGACCAAAGAAGAUACUGACCCCAGCCAAAUAAUCCCAGUAGUUUAAGUGGAGAAGCAAUCCAGCAGUGGCAUUACUUAAAUGAAGAUCUACUGAUUAGUGUGCGCCCCAGUGUCAUCAACUAGGUUAUUCCAAAUAGUUCCAAAUAGUAUGUGCCAUCUUACACUGUUCUUGUGAAUGACUGCAAGCCAAGCCCUCAUUGUUAGAAACCAGAACGUCCAACUUGCCACUGCGGCUUUCAAUCAUUCACAAAGACACUGUUCUCAACACGCACCUGCCGGCCUUUAAUCACUGCCUUUUUCUUUAAAAUUUAAACUACAAGCGCAACUACACUUAAAAACUUCUUAGUUACUAGUUUUUAAGCAGUUUACGUUACAAGUAGCCGAAAUACAAACAGGGAGUAGGAGUCCGCUUGUUGGACCAAUAGUGGGGAAUCUCCCAGUGAAAUGUAUGUAAAAACCCACCCUCUUGUUUAUAUACAGAGCGUUGGUGGCUACACAGACAGUGUUCCUGUGAUACUUAGGUAAAACAUCGAUGUAGGGACUUUUUAGCUUAAUUGUACAGUAUUUAUAAUUAUUUAUGUAUCAGGGCUGCCAUGUAGCAGAAUUCUGGAAAGUAAUUAGAUAGUGAAAUCGA